AUGUCCUCUUCACAAGAAUUAUCAUCCUCUUUCUCUACAACUAAUGGUGACCAAAUAUCAAGACUAGAGGAUAAUACAAUAUUGGAAUUGAGCAGAAUCUAUAAUAUCAAUGAAACAAUAAUCAGAGAUUUAUUGAAAGAAAAUAAUAUUAUAUACAACUUAAAUCAACAUCAUAAAAAAAUCAUUGAGUUAAUAAAAGAUUUUACUUCGGCAGAAUUAAAUGAAUUAUCAUCAUUAGAACCACAUGAAGAAAUGUCAGAUCAAGAAUCACACGAAGAAAUGCCAAAUAUAGAGUCAGUUCAAGAAUCACAUGAAGAAAUGCCAAAUAUAGAGCCAGAUCAAGAACUAAGGCCAGAAUCACAGGAUUCUACUAGUUAUGCAGAAGUUACAAAAUGUAAAACAAUCUGA